UCUGGGUUUGACCCUCUGUGGAUGCUACCGUCUCCUCCCUGUCCUCGCAUUUCCAUCUCUCCUUCCUCUUUUCUUCCUGACGGGAACCAAUCAUGUCGUACAAACUCACAGGUCCCAAGAGUUAUCUCACCUCCACCAUGAGUGAGCGCUUCGACUGCUACUACUGCCGCGACAACCUGCACGGGAAGAAGUACGUGAAGAAGGAUGACAAGCACGUCUGCCCCAAGUGCUUCGACAAGCUCUGCGCCAACACCUGCGCCGAGUGCAAGAAGCCCAUCGGUGCCGACUCCAAGGAGCUGCACCAUAAGAACCGCCACUGGCAUGAGGACUGUUUCCGCUGUGCCAAAUGCUACAAGCCGCUGGCCUCUGAGCCCUUCAACGCCCGGGAUGAUGGCAAGAUAAUGUGUGGCAAGUGUGGCGCCAGGGAGGACGGCAACCGCUGCCAGGGCUGCUACAAGGUGGUCAUGCCAGGAUCCCAGAACGUGGAGUACAAGAACAAGGUGUGGCACGAGGACUGCUUCAAGUGCUUCGAAUGCAAGCAGCCGAUCCGCACGAAGAGCUUCCUGACCAAGGGCGAGGACAUCUACUGCGCUCCCUGCCACGACAAGAAGUUUGCCAAGAAGUGCUUCCACUGCAAGCAGGCCAUCACCUCCGGAGGGAUCAGCUACCAGGACCAGCCCUGGCACUCUGAGUGUUUCGUGUGCCACACCUGCCGCAAAUCUCUGGCGUCCACUCGCUUCACCUCCCACGAGAACAACGUUUACUGCGUGGACUGCUUCAAGACCGAUGUGGCCAAGAAGUGCCACGGCUGCAAGAACCCCAUCACAGGAUUCGGCCACGGCACCAACGUGGUGAACUACGAAGGCUACUCCUGGCACGAGUACUGCUUCAACUGCAAGAAGUGCUCCCUCUCGCUGGCCAACAAGCGCUUCGUCAUCAGCGGCGAGCACAUCUACUGCCCCGACUGCGCCAAGAAGCUGUGAAGAGGGUCGCUCUUUAAAGGGGAAUUACACCAAAACUGACUGUUCAUUUGCCAAAAAAAAAAAGCACAUGUUCUUCUCCUCUGGAUGUAUUUUUGGGAUUGUGAGUUAAUAACAGAAUAAAUGUUAUGAUGUUUCCGAAUUGGCACGAGAUGUAAGAACAGUCAGUUUUGGUGAAACCUCUCGUUACAAACUCAAAAGUUAUUUCAACUCAGUAUGCACUAGCUUGAAUCAUUUAUCCACAUAUACAUUAUUGCAACUGGCUUCGGUGCUGGAGACUAACAUGGCAACAGAGUUUCUUUUGUGGGAUUGUGUUAUGCACUAAUCUGAUCUGUGCAGCCGUAUGAGACAAAAGCCUUUUCAGUGCCUUACUGGAAUCUUUCAGAGGGAAUAAGAUGCUCUUUACAUGCAUACUGCUGCUCGUUCAUUACCGGCUUUGAUUAAUAUUCUGUUACGCCUCUGAAAAGUUUGAGUAUGACAACUUUCAAAAGACGUUUAGCGAGUGAAUAGAAAUUAGGUCUUUGAGAUUGAUGCUGACGUAUAAACUGCUUGUGUAUUCAAGACUUUCUGAGUGAAGUUAAAAGAAUAAAAAAAGGAAGGAGGUGA